AUGAAUCACAAUAAUCAUUAUUAUGGUAACAAAUCACAAAAUAGUUCAAAAUCAAGAAAAUAUAAUAAUGAUAAUAAUAAUGGUAACAAUGAUAACAAUUUAGAAUUACAAAUUCAUCAUCAACCUUAUCAACAACGUUAUCAACAACAGCAGUGUCGUCAACAAAAUAUUCAAAACAGACAUCGACAGCAACAUUGUCGACAACAACCUUAUCGACCACAACAUUACAGAUUUAAAGUAGAUUCAAGAAAUUUACAUCGUCAUGAUGUUAAUGGUGAUGACGAUGGCGAUGGUAGUGAUGGUAAAAGAGAAGAAGUUGGACAGCACCAAUUUGAACCUGAUUCAUAUUAUAAUAACAAUAAAACAUAUCCAAGAAAUGGUGAGAGAAUGAGAUAUGAUGAACACAACAGACAUUAUAAUAAUAGUAAUAAUAAUGAAAAAGAACCUCACUUUGCUACAAUUGAUUAUUACGAAAACAAUGGUAAUAAUAAUAUGUAUUAUUAUAAUUAUUAUUAUGAAGAUUGUAAUCCAUAUAAUGAAAAAUUAUAUUAUAACAAAUAUAAAAGGGACAGAUAUGAAAUUAAUAAUAAUACUCGUCAUAUUAGAAAACGAAUUAGAAAACCGUCUGUUGGACCAUCCCCAUUUUAUCAUUUGUACCACAAAUUAAUGUGUAAUAUAAUUAUUAAACGUUUACAUCACCUUUCUGAACUUGCACCUCAGUAA